GAACGGCCCUGUACUUUUUUACCUCUGUUGCUAGGCUCGCACAUCAUAGUGCGAAACGUUGGGGAUGGAUGACAAGAUUUAUUCUUACUCAAACCAGAUUUUGUUUUAGGGCGCGCAGAUUUCGUUUGUGCAACUGGCGAGCUUUCUUGCCAGCGUCAUCCGCCGCCACUGGUGACGCGACACCGCUACUCCUGGUCAACCCUUGAGAAAACGCGCGUCGGUCAGUCGGCUCUACCCUUUUUUCUUGGAUUGGGUCAUUUGUAGCCAUGUCCGCGCCGACCCCGCGGCGCAGCUCCCGCCGCAGUGUGACUCACGCAAGCAUCGCCACACCCACCGAGGUUGUGACGACCGUAUCGAGAUCCAGCACCGUGGAAGGGAACAAGCCGGCUUUGCUACCGUCAUCAAUUACCGCGGCCAAUGGUACCACACGAGGAGGAAAAGGCAAAGGCAAGGCUAAAACGGAAGAGCCUCAAGAUCCCACAAGCAAGUUGGAGGACUGUGUUACAUCAUCCGUUGUAGAGGAAUUCAAACCCGCAGAGCGAGGCCGGAAGCGAAAGGCAGAGAUUGGCCCGGGAAACACAACCGUGAAAAUUGAAGCAGCGGGAGAGCAGCAAACUUUGACAGAACGUGGCCGUAAGAUCGCGGUCAAGUUUGAGGGGAAAGACGAAGAAGGAGUGCCAGCCGGAGACACGCCUGAAGCAAAGGCUGCGUCUUUCUCCCUGCACGGGCAAAAAAAGAGGAGCAAGAAGGAGAUACCAACGCCGAAUUCUAUUGUCCCUCUGUUCGCUCGAAAUACGACGUCGAAGCAUUGGAUAGGUGCCCAUGUUUCCUCGGCUGGAGGGCCGCAGAACGCUCUGCUCAACGCACUUAAGAUUGGCGCCAACGCCGUCUCGAUGUUCGUCCGGCCUAAAAUGCAGUGGGCUGCCAAGCCGAUGGAUGAAGCUAAUGUUCGAGAAUUUGGCACCAUUGCUGGCGAGCACCGCUUUAAUUGGCAGGAUCGACAAGACGGCGCCGUAAGCGUGGCCAAAAAGGGGGCAAAUGUCAUGCCGCACGGAUGUUAUCUCAUUAACCUUGGGAAUCCCGAUAAGGCCAAGCAGGAUAAAGCCAUGGAAGCGUUCGUCGACGAUGUCAGCCGAUGUCACCAGCUUGGGAUCAAGCUGUACAAUUUCCACCCCGGUAGUACCUGUGGCGACUGCACCAAAAACGAAGGUAUCGCGUCCGUGGCAGCGUGUAUCAACGCCGUGCAUCAACGCAUUCCAAGUGUUGUGAUUGUCCUGGAGAAUAUGGCUGGCGCGGGCAACAUCAUCGGCGGGUCCUUUUCGGAGCUAAAAGCUAUCAUGGACCUGGUGCACGACAAGUUGCGCGUCGGUGUCUGCAUCGACACGGCGCAUGCUUUUGCAGCUGGUUAUGACCUGCGCUCGGCCGAAGCGUACGCAGCAACGAUGAGCGAGUUGGACGCGACAAUCGGCUUUUCGAAUGUACUUGGCAUGCAUCUGAACGACUCAAAAGUCGAGCUGGGCAGCCGCAAAGACCGACAUGAGAACAUUGGCGCUGGCUGCAUAGGCCUCAAGGCUUUCUGGCGCAUCAUGAACGACGAUCGGCUGGCAGGAAUACCCUGCGUGCUCGAGACGCCCGCAGGAAAGGACUGCGACGAAGAGACGAUGCACGGCGUCUGGGCGCGGGAGAUCCGUAUGCUUUACUUGCUUGAAGGGCUACCCGAGGACGAGACUGCGACCGAAUGGGACAAGGUGAGGUCCCUAGUGAAAGAGGUGCAGGAUGUGAAACGAGCUUGGGAGCAGAAGAAAGACAGCAAGGGAGGUAAGAAAUCGAAUGCUGCUGGCGUGAAGGCGAGGGCAGUCGUCAACGCCAAAGCCAAGACCAAGGGGAAGGGUAACGUAAAGAGCAUCAAGCAGAAUGAAGAAGACGCUGAUGAAGAGAGUUCAGACUUGUCUGAGGAAGAAUAAGCGCACAUAUGGGCAACAGCUGCAGCUACAUAUUCGUUAGCCGAUCUGAAUGCACAACACUCAUGAAUGGAUAGCAUGGGCAAUGUGAACC